UUUUGAAUUACUAUAGCGGACUGGAAGCGGAGAGUAGAAUCUCGAAUUCAACGGUUCUAUGACUCCUCCAGGACGGCCGCUAGAGGAUAAAAUUCUGCUAGAGGCCGGCCUGGAGCAGGCACGAACGAAUUCAAUUUGGAGGACCAGCGAAGGAAAUGAAAGGCUAUUAGAAUAUGGGUUUAUGUUUGUUAUUAAUCUUUUGUUGACGCGGGCCUUAUUACAUGUUAAACUGGUUCAUUUGCAUAAAAUUAAUCUUUUUUAUUUUUCUAUGGUUCCUGCAAAAAUUGUCUGAAAAAUCAAAUCAACAUCUUUAUGUCACUGUCAAAGUUAUUUACCAAAUCAUUUGUUUAUAUGCCCGUGUUUUACAUUUACGAUUUUUCAUAUUUAACAAGGAAUUUUUUUGGUUCCGAGCUAUAUUUUAUGAUGUAAUUUUAAAAACAUUAAAUUAAAGGAAGUUAUGUCAGACACACAAACUAAUAAUGAUUCGGAAUGGCAAAGUGUGACCCAAAUUACAAGUAGUUCUUUAGAUAAUUUGGAUAAAACAAUAAUGGAGGACCCACCGAAAGAGGAAGUGGCAAUCCCGAAGAUAAAGGAGCCUCCGAAGCGGGAGAAAGCGCCGACCAGGCCGCAGACGGCGGCAAAAAAACGCGAUGACAGCGUCAAAAGUGAAAGAUUGCGACCCAAAACCACCGGCAACGCGGUCAAAAAACCGCCAGGCAGAAACUCCAGCAUACCACUGCUGAAGAAGAGCCCCUCCUCCACCAAAUCCUCCAUGUGCAAGAUCCCGAAAACCUCCACCACGUGCUACCGCUCCGCAGUGGGCACCAACAACAAGCACACGUUGGAAGUGCAGUUCAUCAACAAACGCAAACGUCUGACCACGCUGACCAAAGAGCUGAUCGACAAGCAGAAACCCGUCUUGGAUUUGUACGAGAACCUCGUCCAGAUCAAGGCGAAACUCAACGAGUUGGGCAAGAGCGUUCAAUUAGAGGAAAUCAAAGUUCUUUCGGUGGAAAAGAAGAAGAAGUUGGAAGAAAAGCUGGAGAAUGAGGCUCAAAAGGAGGUGCAGAAGGAAGGUGGAGGUGGGGAAGCCGUGUCGGAAAAUAUGCUCGUCGAGAUGAAAACUUCCAUAGAAGAAAUACCGAAAACGUUGCUCAGCAUUUGCCAGAAUCUUUUAAGCAGAAGAGCCAUCAUUGUGGAGCUUUUGGAAAGUGUCACCAAGUCUGAGGUCACUGUGGAUGAUAUAUCGGAUAAAAUAGAAGCACUAAAAUCUGAAGGUUCUGAGCUGCAGAAAAGUUUGGACAUGAUAAUAUGCGAGCACGAGUCUAGAAUAAACGAGUUGGUGAACAACUGGACGUCUCUGUUGUCGGACAAAAAAACCAAGGAUGAUAAGGAAGACAGCAACAUUGAGGACUUGCAAGCUCAACUAGAAAAACAAAAGAAGCUUGUAGAGCAAUCCAACACAAUAAUAAAGGAUCUUCAGCAGAAGCUCGACGAGAAGAAACACGUGCACGACAAAUCUGUGAAUGAUCUGGACGUUGUUAUCAAAGGCCUCAGGGAUCAAAUUAGAAGAUUGGAAGUUGAAAUAGAAAACGAACGGAAAAAUACGAUGGAUCAUAAGACGAGAAACAACGUGAAUGGCCAAACCAUCAAAUUACUGAAAACCAAAAUAUCAGAGUUGGAACUGAAAUCCAAGGAUGUCGAUGAAAAGAAUAGCGAACUAUCCAGAAGACUCAAAAAUAUCCAGGAUUCUCACAAAUCCAAAGAAUGCCAGUGGGUGAAGGAGAAGGAAGAUCUGAGCAAAACCAUCAAGCAUCAAGAGUCCAUCUUGCAGAAGUUGACUAGCGACCGAAACCAGUUUGAAACAAGGUACAAGUACGCGGAGAAGCACAAGGGCCAGUCGGAGGAGAAGAUGUCGAAGGAGAUUGAGAACCUGCGCAGGGAACUGGACGAGACCACCAGGAAGUUGGAGGAGGUGCAGGGGGAGAAAAACACGGCGCAGGAGAAGUUCCACGCUAUCGAGCAGCACAUGAUUAGGAUGGGGAUGGACUCGAAGAGGGAGAUGUUUGAAAUCACCAACAGCCUUGAUUGGGGGAAUGAUAAACCAAAGGGCCACAUGGAGGAAAAAAUGGAGGAGUUGGCGACCAAGGUCUUGAUUACGCAGCUAGAAGAUAGAAUCAAGGAGCUGGAGCAAGAGAGAAAUGCUGAAGCAACGCCAAAUCAAAGCCAAUUGAGUCCAAUCCAAUCUCAAACCCCAAAAGUGGUGCAGAAACAAGAAAUAGUGUUGAGCGGGGUGGAUUUCGAGCUGAUGCGCAAAAACCAGGACAUAAUCAACAGGUAUCAGCAGCUGUUGGAGGAGAGCGAGGAGAAGCUUCGCGAAAAGUCGAUGGAAGUGGCAAAAUUGACCACGGAGAUUCGGCACCUGAAGGUGCGGCAAGAUGCGCUGGAGGAGCAAAACGUCGUUUGCCCGACUGUGGAGCUCCAAACGAUGGUGGAGGAGGGCAGAGCCAAGCUCAAUGAGUUGAUGCGGAAGUCUAUGGAGAGCGAGCAGAAGAUUGCGGACUACGAGGCUAUAAUCGACAAGCAGGCCAAGCAGAUGGUGGAGAUGGAAAAUUUGCUGAGAUACAGGGACAAUAUGAGCGGGGUUUUGAAGAAUUCGAGGGACGAAAUUAUGCUGGAGAAGGAGAGUUUGAUCAAAUAUUCGCACGACUUGAGAUCAGUUCUAAUAGAUGUCACAAAAGAAAACAAAAUCAAAGAUCGCCUAAUUAAGGAGCUUCAGGACAAGAUCAACGAGAAGGAACGAGUUAUCCUCAAGCUGGAACGCGAAUGCAGAGACUUGGAGCAAAAUUUGGCGUCGACGAACGAAAAACGCUACAAGCUUCAAGAAACCGUUGGAUGCAUGGAGAAAGAGUUGCAAGCCACUAAAGCCCACGUGAAUCAGCUGGCGGAGAUCCAAACACGGUACGAUUUGGGGGUAAAAUAUUCACCGAAACCUUUGGAACAGACUUACUUGAACUUGCAAACCGACCCGUCGAGUAACUGCGUUUGCAACGCCAAGUCGUUGCUGAGCGUUUCGUUGAAAAAGAUGGACUUCCUUAGGGCUCGGCUCUAUCACCUGAGCAGUCUGGAUAUAAGCGCGCUUGCGCAGUCCGACUCCAACUAUACGAGGUCCACGCAGACUUUUGUCGGCAAGAAAACGUCGCGCACUUUCGAUAAGGUUUUGUCGUUGACGUCGAGAAAGUGCAGGCUCUUGCAAGGCAAAUUCAACAACGUCUUCGACGACAUAAAAGAGAAUCAAUUCGAUGAUAAUAAUAAUUUUGCUAACGUAGAUUUCGCGGGUUUUCCUGUGCUAAGAGCUUCGAUUGUGACAGCCGAUGAUUUGUACCGUUUAAAUUAAUUUAACGUAUUUUUUCAGAUGUAAGUAACCCCUUCAUAAGCACACGACUCUAGUAAAAAAUGUAAGUAGCUGACUAUUUUUUACUUUGGUCAAAAAACAUCGUUUUUAAACGGUGUUUUGAUCAAUUUAACUCUGGUUCCUUUUGUAGAUGAUAAUUUUUAUUAAAUCCGAUUGUUUUUUAUUCCAGGGCCAGACUUAAAUUCAUCAAACGCUGCUGAUGGAGAGGUUAAAAUUAAAAUAAAAUUUCAAUAAGCCUAACCUUUGAAGAACUGUGUUUGUAAAGUAAAUGUAACAUUUCAAAUAAAAAUGUGAGAAUCUAUUUUGUUUUUUAUUUCACUAAAACUUUUAUUAAAUUACCUUUUAAAACUGAAUUUUAUUUCUAUAUUAUU